AUGAUUUGUGUGGGGCUUCGGGGUUGUUGUUUUUGUUGUUGGCUCAUGUGUCUGAAGGUAUUACUACCAGAAUGUUCUGUCCUUCCUUUUUUCCCAUCAUGUUACCUUUCCGGUCCCUCUUCUGUAACACUUUCCUGGUCCCUCUUGCUCUCUAAAUCUCGUCUCCGCUCCCUUGGUGUACCUGUUCGCUCCUGCCCGUCCUAUCUGGCUCUCUCAGGUACAGGCCCGGUAAAUCGGUCCCAGCUCCCGAACCGGUCUCGGCCUGCACCAGAGCAACUACUGGCCGUGAAGGGUGAGGAGGGCCGUGAGCUGCAUGUGGUGGUGAACACCAACGACCCCGACUACGAGCACAUCUACUCCAUCCAGUCCUACAACAACAACCCCUUGGACGAGCUGCUCUACUUCACUGCCUCUGCCGACCUUAGCGACGGUGAGGUUGAUAAGGAUGAAAAUAUAAAAACAAUCGCAGUUCAACCAAAGAAAUCAGCCAGAGCUGAUGUUAAGAAGAAAGUAAAAGCUGUUGGUCAGAAAGCAGCCAAAGUUACACCUCUGAAAGCCAGAUCGAUCAGAAUCAAGAGGAGCGUCCAGGGGGAAGCUCCAGCUGACUUGUGCCUGCUGCCCAUGGAGGAGGGGAACUGUGGACAAUACACUCUGCGCUGGUACUUUAAUAGUCAGGUUCAGGCCUGCAGGCCCUUCAUCUACAGCGGCUGUGAAGGAAACAACAACCGCUUCCUCCAACAGGAGGAGUGCGAGGAGCUCUGCCUUGGGGAGGCUAAAGGUCCUCAUCCCUUAAAGACCGCAAGAUGAUUGAGGACAAAUCCGUCUCAUCAUUAUUUUGUCAAAUGUUCAAGAUUAGUUCUUGUUUAUUUAUUGUUUCUGCAAACCCAAACAAACUGUAUCCCAGGUUGAGAGGGGAUACCAGAGGGCCCCCUUGCGUUAUGCUCUCCAAAAGAUAAAACAGUGUUGGGUUAGUUUGUUAGUACGAUUUGUGCAGUCGUACCUUGGCACACUUAAGAAUAGUGUCCUUGCCUUCCACUGUACCUUCAGUACCGUAAUCCAUUUGGUGUUGCAAUAGCCUUCAGUAAAUACCAAUAUGGUGAAGCUCAUGAUGAUUUAUUGUGUUUUUUUUAACUCUGUGAUCAUUUUUGAGGCUGUAGAUUGAAGUAUAGUUCAGUUUUUAUGUGUGUUUGUUUACGUGGAACCGGUCACUGACAAAUUGAAAAGAAAUGUCUCUUUGUUCAGAAGUGAUGGUUAUUUUGUCAAAGUGGGUGCAUUUUAUCCGAUUAUAAAUACCCUCACAAUUGUGUUGCGUCUUCCAUUGUUUGGUAAUUACAAGCAUUUGUUCCACCUUUUCAAAAGGCACAUAUUUUGUACCCUCCGUGCCAGUAGCAACUGUGUCCGGAGGCAUUCGGUGUUCGUACACGGGAACACAAUAUCUCAAGAAGGUGGGAUUGUCUUCAAAUUUGGCACAAACAUCAACCUGGACUCACAGAUUAAUUUAUCACAUUCUGUAGGUCAAAGUUUCACCUUGACCUAAUGUCCAUCCCAUUCUCUUGAAUGAGAUAUCUCAGGAAAGCUUAUGGCUAAUUUCUUUUAAAUUUGGCACAAAUUCAGUGUGACCUCACAAAAUCAAGCCUGUAAUUAUAGUUCUAAAUAACUAUAAAAGUAUUUUCUGUAACAGCAUACUGCCUUAUUACAGAUCAACAGCAGUAAACCAAACACUUGACGCAUUUAUUUUUUAGUCAUUAAAACUUAGCUGUUGAUCGGAAACAGGCCAAUAAGAAGGAAAUGGUCUCGGUGGGCCCAGUAUUCCCUUCACUCAUGAAGGUGUCUUAUGUUUGGUUUAUUUCCUAAUAAUUUCAGUUGAAUGUGUCAUCCGAUGCAAGCUGCACAAAUCUAGGCCUGUUUACGGCUGUAUUCAUGAUUAGCAGUAGUGAAAGCUACUUUAGCAAAGAGAACCACAAGUAGAUCCCCAGCAACACUCAAUAAAAUACACAUAACAGGAGGAUUUGGCAGCAUGGACUACAAACUACAUUUGUUGUGGACUUCACUGAACUGGUAUUUACUGCAAGGAUGUUUUUAUUAUUUUACUCAACAACAAAAAGAUCUUUGAUACCACAUAGGACCCCCUAGAUGCCAGACUUUCUAUCAGACAGGACACAAGACAGACGUAACAACCCACAACACAGGCUACGGUAAAUGCACAAGACAAAUCAUAUUAUUACUCUAAUAAAUGUUUAAUUCACACACUGAUCAGGAAAUAUGGCCACAUACUGAUUACAUUCACUAAUAUAUAUAUAUAUCUAUAUAUAUAUAUAUAUAUAAACAGUUUCACUGUCCUGACUUAGUAAAGUAACAAAGUGGGCAGAGGUAAAGGUUGUUAAUGAGCAUUCGCAAGUUUUCUUGUCAUGAUCAUUUUACUGUAAUGUUCCUCAACAUAGAAGCACAGGAGUUGCCUGAAUAAAGCUACUUUUGUGGUAGUAUUUCAGCUUUUUUCAGAGAAAUCCUUUGGGAUGACAAAAGCUAUCUGAGUUCAUUUAACAUUAACCCUGAAUCCAAAAGAGAAUACCUGUAAACUGCAUGCAUAAGAUUAUUUUUUACAUUCAUUUUUUAACUUGAUUAAAAGAUAAAUAACAUUCCAUGACAAAUGGUAUAGAAAUAAUAUAGAAUUAAUGUAAUGUAAUUCUCAAAUAACAAGUUGAGCCCUUAACAAGACUCAGUGAUUGGUGGUUGUUUUUACCGUAGUGCAACUUAAGAGUUGAAAUGUACAAAUAUGUACUUGAUCUUGACUAAAAAUCUAAAAAAAUUCACCCAACAUGGUAGAAAUUAAUGAGUUUAACCAGGAGAUUUCCAUGAAAGCUUUGAAAGUGCUCGAACAGCAACGAAUACCAUCUGCAGGGGAUGAACAGAACCUUUAAAUCCAGAGCCACAGAUGCCUAAAAUAACUCUUCACAAUUCUCUACAUGAUUACUAUGCAAGCACAUCUGUAUUGGGUUAUAUUAUGGAUAUAGUUUUAUCAUAUUUGUAUUAAAUAUGAAGAAUCAAGCACAAUAUUCUGCCAAUAUUUUGUACAUAUUGUAUUUUACUGUUUGGGGAAGUCGUGUUUCUGAUCAUGACUGCAUGUUUACCUGCAAGAGAAAAGGUGCUAUUUUAAAGGUAUUUUUGUACUGUGUUUUGAAGAUGGAACAGUGUGUUUUUGUGGUGCAAUUCUGUUUCUGUAGAGCUAUGGAACAUUUCAAAAGACAUUUCUAAUAAACCAAAUAUUUUAAUAAAGACAAGUCUUUUCUAUAUUCUAAUGUCAUCUAUUCGUUGUUUGUAUUUUAAACAUUGUAUGUUGGCACGUUAGCAUACGCAACACUAAAGCUUGUGGCUUUUGAACCGAUGACUUUCACAUUCGCUGUCUGUCUGACAACAAAAUAAAAUGAUAUGGCCUCAGU